AUGAAGUCAAAAUCACUUCAGAAGAAGUCGUAGGCUGACCUAUCUAUAUCUGAAUUACUUAUCAUAUCUUUGAUGCAAGAUGGAAAUAGUGAUAUGACUGACUCUGGAUUAAAAAUUUCUUGUUUGGAGGGACUCAGCUUAGAGAGGGGGAGUAAUGGAUUAUUUAAUGUUUAGGAGAAACCUCAAUUGCUGGUAAGAUAAAAAGGAAAUGGAUUAUGGAGAGAAUAAAGUACAUUAUGAAAACCACGAGUAGCAAUAGAAAAGGUUAGUUGAAGAAAGGGUUUUAAAUUAGAUAAUUACAAAUGUCAAAAAAAGUCAGAAUGUGCAGUCAGUCAAAAAUUAAUAAUGUUCGAACUUUAUCACAAAUUCCUUAGGAUAGAUAAACACAUAUAGCUGGGGAUAGUUACCUGACAAGAUUGCUUAGAUAAUAAUACCAUUGA